GUUUCUUCGAAACAAUAGUCUGUCAGGACCUCUUCCUUUGCAAAAAGGUGUAAAACUUCAAACCAUAGAUUUAUCUUACAACUAUCUAUCAGGAACUUUUCCCUCGUGGAUGACUACUGUUGGAAUGCUUCUUGUUCCUGGAUUGAACUGCCUCCAGAGAAAUUUCCACUGCAAUAAUAAUUCUCCUCGCUGUUUUCCACCAACUGUUGAUAUUGAACAAACUGUUAAUAUUGAGUGAAAGAAGAACCAGACUGGGUUGAUUGUUGGUAUUGCAGUCACGCUUGCAAUUUUGGGGUUCAUACUGAUAUUUUUAGUUUUCUAUACGAGGAUGAAAAGAGAAAACAAUGAUGUGGAAGUGCUACUUGGAAUGGGACCUAAGCCAAAAUCUUUCACUUAUGCUGAGUUGAGAUCUGCAACAAAAGACUUUGACCCUUCAAAUAAGCUAGGAGAGGGAGGGUUUGGACCUGUGUACAAGGGUAUGCUUUCUGAUGGAAGGGUGAUAGCUGUGAAGCAACUCUCACUAAGAUCCAACCAGGGGAAAAAUCAGUUUACUAAUGAGAUCGCUACCAUAACUGCAGUGCAGCAUUGCAAUCUUGUGAAAUUGCAUGGAUGCUGCAUCGAAGGAACUAGACACCUCCUUGUUUAUGAAUAUCAUGAAAACAAAAGCCUUGAUCAAGUAUUGUUUGGAAAUAGGGAGUUACAUCUCGAUUGGCCUACCCGGUUUAAUAUAUGCUUGGGAACCGCAAGAGGUCUAGCAUAUCUUCAUGAGGAGUCAAGGCCAAAAAUUGUGCAUCGAGACAUCAAAGCAAGUAAUAUUUUACUUGAUACAGAACUUUGCCCCAAGAUAUCAGAUUUUGGAUUGGCAAAGCUGUUUGAUGAUAAGAAAACUCACAUCAGCAUAGGGGUUGCAGGGACCAUUGGCUAUCUAGCAUCGGAGUAUGCAAUGCUUGGGCACCUGACAGAGAAGGUUGAUGUAUUCAGUUUUGGUGUUGUUGCUUUGGAGAUUAUCAUUGGAAGAGCAAACUCUAGUACUAACUUGGAUAGGGAAAAGAUUUAUCUUCUCGAAUGGGCCUGGAGUCUUCAUGAAAGUAACCAAAGUUUGGGGCUGAUAGAUCCCACAUUAACAGAGUUCAAUGAAAUCGAAGCUUUAAGAGUAAUAGGAGUGGCUUUCUUGUGCACUCAAGCAUCACCAAUGUUACGGCCACCAAUGUCACGUGUUGUGAACAUGCUUGCUGGAGACAGAGAAGUGGGACCUGUUACUUCGAAGCCAAGUUAUUUGACUGAUUGGGAUUUUAAGGAUACAACAAAUAGCUUUAUGAAGGGAGAUACUGUUACAACCUCAUCGAAAAGAAGUUACAGUGAAAAGAAUAAUACUGAUAUUUGCCCAAAAGGUGCCCCGUUGCUCUCUCCAGUAAAUGCCAGUCAGCUCAGUGACAUAAUUGCAGAUGGGAGGUGA